AGUUCCUGCCUGCACUGUACCGUGCUCAGAGCCUCGCUCGCCGUCUCUUUUUGCCAUCUCUUGUGUUCUCUUGUGUGGGAAGUUAACGUACGUGGAUAUCCAGGCCCUUCUUUAAGGCACUGACAGGGGAGGAGGGCUGCCUGAACUGAAGGCUUUGUCAGCCAAGACGAGUCCUCCAGUCGUGGGGAGGAGACUUUGUUUCAAGCCUGGAGAUGACGCCGUUACAGUUUAAAGAUGCUUUCUGGGGAAGUGAAUUCUGCAGCAGUCUGGGCUACGAGACGCUCAUACAAAGGCUGUGUGAUGGCCGCCGGAUGUGCAAGGACAUGGAGGACCUUCUUAAAAUGAGGGCGAUGGCCGAGGAGCGCUAUGGCAAAGAACUGGUUACCAUUGCCCGCAAAGCAGGAGGCCAGAGCGAGAUCAGCACUUUGAAAGAGUCCUUUGACAACCUGAAAGCACAGAUUGAGAACUGUGGGAACCUGCACAUGCAGCUGUCGUCGGCGCUGAAGGAGGAGGUGAAGAGGAUGGAGCAGUUCAGGGAGCGCCAGAAAGAGCAGAGGAAGAAGUUUGAAGGAAUCAUGGAGAAAGUACAGAAGCACAAAAUCACCUUAUUUAAGAAAACAAUGGACUCUAAGCGGCUCUACGAGUCGAAGUGCAAGGAGGCCGAUGACGCUGAACAGGCGGCAGAUAGAGUCAACAGCGCUCCCACAGCCACACCCAAACAGGCCGAGAAGGUGCAGAACAAGGCCAAACAAUGCAGGGAAGCAGCAGUAGACGCAGAGAAGCAGUACAUGGGGAACAUUGAGCAGCUGGACCGCGUUCGCCAGGAGUGGGAGUCAACUCAUGAGAGCACCUGUGAGGUUUUUCAGCAGCAGGAGGGAGACCGCAUCAACAUUCUUCGGAACGCCAUGUGGGUACACUGCAACCACCUGUCAAUGCAGGCCGUGAAAGAUGACGAGUGUUGUGAGGAGGUCCGCCUGAGCCUGGAGCGGUGUGACAUCACCGUGGACAACAACAGCUUUAUAGACAUGAAGAGCACAGGCACCACACCACCAGUGCCCAUCGUGUUUGAGAACUACUACGACCGGGAGCCCUGCUCAGACUCCAACGGCAUCGCAGGACGCUUUGGGGGAGGGGUCAUGAAGAGGUUUUCAAAUCUUUUGCAAGGGAAUAUCUCCGCCAGCAGAAACAAUGUGAACGAGAGUUCAGGAGGACCUCCACCAACACGCAGCCCUUCAACAGAGACAUCAGAUGGUGUGUACGCUUCGAUCCCUGGCUGCCUGUCUGGCGUGGCGCCGGCGCCGGCAGCUGUGUCAGUGGAGUACCAGGCUCUCUACGACUACAGCGCUCAGAGCUCGGAUGAGCUGUCCAUCUCGGUGGGGGAGGUGGUGGUGGUGGUGGACCAGGGGGACGACGGCUGGUGGACCAUCGAGCGCAACGGGCAGUCAGGCCUGGUCCCUGGAUCAUAUCUCAGCAAAGUCUGACAUGGCACACAUACGCAGACGCAGAUGCACACACAUACGUACACACACACACGCACACACACACACACAUGCGCAGACGCACACACACACACACACACGCAGACGCACACACACACACACACACACAUGCGCGCACACACAUACACACACACACACGGCCACACAGUGAUAUGACUCAUAUGUGUUAGGCAUUUAUUCAUAGCAACGCACCCAGGGCCGGAUUAACGCACAGGCUAGAUAUGGAUGCAGUCUAGGGGCCCCCACCUACCAGGGGGGCCCUGAUUGGCCAGAAGUGAAAAAAAUGCAGAAUUUUGGCCCAAUGCAACAUCGAAAAAUGUAUCUAUUAUGAUCAGUACAGUUGGUAGACAAGUUGCCCUCAAUUCCUAUCUCGUAAUUAUGACAUUGUCUAUGUAAUUUUCCUGGAAACUUUGCCUUUCAGGGGGCCCCACAACAACCUGUAGCCUAGGGGCCCCGUGCAAUGUUAAUCCGGCCCUGAACGCAACGUGUGUGUUUAUAUGAAGUGAAAGAAGGAGUUGAUUUCAAACAGGCACUACAGGUCAUGUACACGUGGGCCCCAAUCAUAGCACAUUCAUGGCCCUGGGGACGGGUGAAUUUCUCAAAAGCAAAGUUUGCCUACAUUAGCGACUUUGUUGUUUUCAAUGCAUUUUCCCAUUGCCAACUACUGAAGUUGCUAACAGGCUAACAACUUCCCUUUUGAGAAAUGCACCCCUGACUGGCUGAUUGGGAUCAGGCUACUCAUCCAGCUACAUUAUGUUUGUCAGACGUCUGUUUGGUUAUAAACAACUAGAGCUCUUGGAACAGAGGUGUCAAAAGUAAAAGUAGAAGUACAGCCAUAGUGUAAGUCAGGGGUGGGGAACCUAUGUCUCGAGGGCCGUUUGCGGCUCUUGAGGCCGUUUUAUCCGGCCCCCGACAUAAUUUCCAUCUUAUGCAGCUUCACAUGAAAUAUGACAUAUUUUGUAAAGGAAUCUUAGAAAAUGUUAAUAUAACUGUUAUAUUAGGGGAACCUAGAGAAGGUGGUGUUUGUUUAAAAGGUGGCUGUCUUCAAUAUAGGCCUAAAGUGAAGGGGAAAAUCCUGGUUUAUGUUCAUAGUACGGCCCUCUGAGGACUUUUACGGCCCUCGGAUGAAUUUGAAGUGGCCCCUCGAAUGAAAAAGGUUCCCCACCCCUGGUGUAAGUACAACACUAUCACAUGAUAUUACAUAGCUGUUACAUCAUUUAUUCCACUGUACCUAAUGUGGUAGAUAGCCUGUUAUUUAUGGAAAAAACACUGAAAACCUAAAAAAAAAAACCUGCCGCAACUUUGAUCCAACCAGCGCAAUAUCAGCUAUUUAUUUUCUUACUUCUACUUUUACUUUUGACAUCUCUAAUCUUGAAUAAAAGGGGUUCUUCUUGGAGCUUGCAUUUUAAACCCUACAAAUAAGUCUAGUUGCUUACAAGUGACUUGUUUUUGAUUAUUUUAACAGUUCUUUUCUGUGUAUUGUAUUUAUGUUAAAAAUUGUGUUUUAUUUCAUUUUAUUUUGUUUUACUGCUCAUACAUGGAUAUCCCAAAGGUUGGAGCCAGGGUUAGUCUUACCGAAGGCUUUAAGACUCUUGGAGAGUUUAAUUUUUUAUUUUUUUGUAAAUGUUUAGUUGUUUUUCUGUGCACAGUGACUAUAGGGAUUAUAACCGGUUUGAAUGCUACUCUGUCUUAGGUCUUUUCUGUACAGUGCAUCAUGUUCUGUGUAAUAUCCUUUUUUUAUGUUCAUAGUAAAUAUAAUAUUUCUGGAAGAAAAGGCAUUUUCUGGAAGAAACUGGAAGAAAAGACAUUUUCUUGAAGAAACUGGAAGAAAAGACAUUUUUAGCACAAACUAUGAAUGUAUUUCAUGCUUCAAACUCAUGUCUGACUCAGACGACAGAGUAUUUUUCAAUUUAAUUUAUAAUCAAACUGGCAUUUCCUUUUCUUGU